CUCGUGCUACACCACAACCUCAACCUCCACGGGGGAAACUUCCUUUACGCACCGCACAUCAAAAGGAAUUCUGAUUCCCCAUCCUUCCACACAUCCUUGUUUGCACCAUGGAGUGGCAACCUCAAGAUGAUCAAUUGAGGCUGCUUGCCUGCUGCCUCAGAGAUUCUUUGAAUGCCUACAAUCGAAAUGCUCAGAAGCAGGCUGAACAGAUGCUAGUGCAAGCUACUUCCUCCCCCGAUUAUGUCAAUUAUAUCACCUAUCUGUUCUGCACCCCGCGAACCCCUCAGGCAGUGGGUAUGGAUGAGCACACAUACAACAUGGUCCGAUUCGCGGCGGGCAUGAACCUCAAGACGAAGAUCCGGGUGGCCUACCCUACAAUUGCCCCCGCCAGCUUGGCGUACAUCCGGUCGGCGACCUUGAUCGGACUCCGAGACUCGAAUUUCCAGGUGCGGAGCUCUGCCGGUAGCAUCAUCACCGAGUUUGUUAGCCAGGCUGGUCUGUUGGCAUGGCCGGAGGUUCUCCACGAGCUCCUGACGCUCGUGGGCAAUGCGUCGGGCGACACCCCUCUAGUGGCCCAGGAGGCCGCGAUGUCCGCCCUCGCCAAGGUCUGUGAGGACAACCGUAAGAUUUUGGAUAGGGACUAUCAGGGACAGCGCCCUCUCGACGUCAUCAUCCCCAAGCUGAUGGAAUUCACCUCGAGUCAAAGCCCCAAGGUCCGCUCAAUGGCCUUGGGCACCAUCCACGUUUUCCUUCCCCACAGACCCCAGGCGUUGAUCGCUUCUUUGGAUCUGUUUUUGUCGCAGUUGUUCCAGCUGUCCAAUGAUACCAGUACCGAUGUGCGCCGCACCGUGUGCCAGUCCUUCGCACAGCUCGUCGAUUUCGCUCCCGAAAACCUUAUCCCCCACAUGGAAGGGUUGGUCAACUACAUCAUCGUGCAGCAGCAGAACCAGGAAGAUCCCGAGCUCGCUCUCGAUGCGGCUGAGUUUUGGCUCGUUGCAGGAGAGCAGCAGAAGUUGCAGCAGCCAUUGGCUCCGCACAUGUCCAAGAUUGUUCCCGUGCUGCUGCAGAGUAUGGUAUACGACGAGGACGAUGCCAUCCGGUUGACGGGUGACAACGAUGACGCCGAUGUGGAGGACCGCGCUGAAGACCUGAAACCCCAGUUCGCCAAGUCGAAGUCUGAUAAAAUAGAGACAAAACCUAAUGCACAAGCCAACGGCAAUGCUCCUCCGGAAGAGGACGACGAGGACGAUCUCAGCGACGGAGAGAUCGAAGAUUCCGAGUUCGGAGACGACCCAGAGGAUGAGUGGACGUUGCGAAAGUGCUCGGCCGCCGCGUUGGAUGUAUUCUCGAAUGUUUACCACCAGCCAAUCUUCGAGGUCAUUUUGCCAUACCUGAAGGAGACCCUCCGCCACGAUCAGUGGCCUCACCGGGAAGCUGCAGUACUCACGCUGGGUGCCGUUGCGGAUGGAUGCAUGGAUGCGGUUACACCCCACCUCUACGAACUCGUCCCCUACCUUAUCUCCCUGCUGAACGACGCCCAACCCGUUGUGCGACAGAUCACUUGUUGGUGUCUUGGCCGGUACUCUGAAUGGGCGUCGCACUUGGUCGAUCCAUCGGAGAGGGUGCGCUACUUUGAGCCGAUGAUGGAGGGUAUUCUGCGUCGCAUGCUUGAUGGAAACAAAAAGGUCCAGGAGGCAGCCGCCUCUGCUUUUGCCAGUUUGGAAGAGAAGUCGGACGCCAGCCUUGUUCCCUACUGCGAACCGAUUCUGCGCCAGUUCGUCCAGUGUUUCGACAAGUACAAAGACCGAAACAUGUACAUCCUCUACGACUGUAUCCAGACCCUUGCGGAAUGUGUCAUGGGCGAGUUGGCUGAGCCUCAUCUGGUGGAUAUCCUCAUGCCUGCUCUUAUUGACCGCUACAACAAGGUGUCAGACCAGUCGCGAGAGCUGUUCCCGUUGCUGGAGUGUCUUGGAUACAUCGCCGCGGCGUACGGAGAUGCGUUUGCGCCUUUCGCCCCUCCUCUCUUCCAAAGAUGCAUCAAGAUCAUCUACGAGAACCUGCAGGAGUACAUGGCCUCUGUGAACAACCAGGCCAUUGACGAGCCCGACAAGGAUUUCUUGGUCACCAGUUUGGACUUGUUGAGUGCAAUCAUCCAGGCCAUUGACCCCCAGAAGAGCGGCGAGCUGGUAGGCAACUCUCAGCCCCGGUUCUUCGACUUGCUCUGCUUCUGCAUGGAGGACCCCAACUACGAGGUCCGCCAGUCGUCAUACGCUUUGCUGGGUGACUGUGCCAUCAACAUCUUCCCCCAAUUGGAGCCUUUCAUCCCCAACAUCAUGCCGACCCUGAUUAAGCAAUUGGAUUUGGACCUGAUCCGGGACGACGAACGUCACACUGGCUUCAGUGUGCUGAACAACGCCUGCUGGUCUUGUGGUGAGAUUGCGGUCAACGAGAAGGCUUCGCUGUCGCCGUAUGCCGACAAGCUGUAUCGUGGAUUGUCCGCCAUUAUUACCAACGAAGAAGUCAUCGACUCUGUGAACGAGAACGCCGCGAUGGCCUUGGGAAGACUGGGAAUCUGCUGUUCCGAUCAGCUUGCACCGCACCUUGGAGAGUACGCCACCUCGUUUUUGAAGUCGAUGAAUAAGAUUGAUUUCACCCGGGAAAAGGCCUCUGCAUUCCUUGGUUUCAACCAGGUGGUGAUGAAGAACCCGCAAGCAAUGGAGUCCACCCUGGCAGAUUACUUCCAGUCCAUUGCUGCUUUCCCCAGCAAGUCGCUCAGUCAAGAUGACUACCGUGACAUCCAGAGCUCCUUCCAACAGGUCUUGCAAGGCUACAAAAAUAUGAUACCCAACUUUGAUUCGUUCCUGUCCCAGCUUCCGCCCCCAGUUACCCAGAAACUUCGUUCUGUAUAUCAGGUUUAGAUGAGCAUUCGGUGUCUAUUAAUCGAGUUUGUGUUUGACAGAGUCAAGGACAAGAAUUAAAAAAUUCAACUCACAUUUCUGGGGCGAAAGGCGCAAUCAGAAUUUGCAUUGCAUUUGCAUUCUCUGCUUUUUCUGAUUUCCAUGGCCAUUUCAUUCGUUUCGUUUUCGUCUUUGUUUGAUGAUGACCCUGGGAGCGAAAAAUUCCUCUUGCUUUCUUCCCCUUGCUGUCUGUUUCUUAUUUGCUUGAUGAUCUUGAGGCGUGUUAUUUGAUUUAAUUAUUUUUUUUCUAUCCUCUUGUGGAUUCAACGAUAGGUUUUUUUUUUUUUCUUUUUCUGCAUGAGCUUAGAGUACGAGGGGGUAACUGCAACACCAUGAGCCUGGGGCAGUAUAUUCAGGAGGAUGAUUAUGGAUUAUAUACCAGGGGAGGAAAAUUUGGGAAUGAAGAGGGCCAAAAAAAAUGAAGAGAUGCA